UUGCUAACCGGUGGCUGUGUACGAUUCGAAUCGGGCCUAUUUGCUUUUUGGCAAGAUUCCCUCGGGCGCGCGUUACAUAAAACGAACGGCGCAUACGCAGUGCAGUAAAAGUUUAAAAAUAGAUUUUCACAGUGAGUUGCGUGUUCGGACAUUUUUGUUUUCAUAUGACAUACAUACCGCGACGCCUCACUUGUUGAGUUUGCAUUUUAGAAAUCUAAGUGAAACUGUGAACUGGAAUCAGAUACUGUAAACAUUGAACUGAUUUUUUUAUAGUGCGGUUUUGUUUAUUGAAACAUGGCCUUAUAGGCUUAGUGUAUGACUUGUGCGAGUAAAAUUUAAACAGCGGAUAAAAUGGCUCAAUACGAGCCGAUGGACGUAGAUAGCUUAGCAAGUGAGUUCGACGACAAAGAGAACUCCCUACAGCAUAGCAAUGUGCUUAAAACUUCCGGCACGGAAAAGGGGUACGAUGAGCUCGACGUAUCUGAGUAUAAUAUGAAACUAAGAUAUUCGAAUACCCCUGGAAAUUCGCCUAUGUCAAGGAGUUACACCGCAAGCUACAAAGCUGAUUCAGGCCCUAAUAGUUUGAACAACACUAUUGUUGUUGACAAUUUAACCAGGUCAUUAAACUCGACGGUCACAAAAUCAGAUAUCCUGAAGUCUCCUAAGCUACCACUACAGGCAUUGCCUGCCAGUUUAUACACCAAUAUCGACAGAAGGUCAUGUGAUACAGAAGGUAAUGUAGCUGUAGGAAUCACUGGAACAGAAAAUGAUGAUAAUCUGUCAAUGCCCAGUACAUCAUCCUCAGCUGUGCAGACUCCAGAGGCUACAACACCAACUAAAGAAAUUCCCAAAAGUGAUGGAUCUCCAAUAAUGAGGGGAUUAAAAAGUGUUUUGAAUAUGUUUAGAUCGUCACACAGUCCUGUACCACCUAUAGAGGAUGAUUCUAGUACCGAAAAUAUACAUUUUAAUGAUCUAGAUAAAAAUGGAGGACAAUCAAAUACCCAGCUGGGUUUAGCCACUACUUCAAUUAGCUGCAAUUCCACUCCUGUAAAAGAGGGUCAAUCAAACCCUUUACUUGCUUCUACGCCAAUUUCUAGCAGCAAAUUGAAAGACACACUAAAAAGGAACAGCCCAUUAAAAGACAGUGUUGUUUUCAAUGAUGGCUUAGAAAGAGAAUUGCAAUGGCAAGAUGAGAGUGAAAUUUAUUUUAAACAUGAAAAAAUACCAAUUCAUAAGCUAUUAUUUCAAACUGGGCAAUUAAAUGUUGAUCCCAAUACUGAAUUACCCAGGCAACAUAAUGAUUCAACUAAUUUAAAUACAACAGUUGAAUAUAUGGAUGUUUCCAAUGCAGAUAUUUCAUAUAAAUCAGUUGUAGAAAAUAAAACAUUGAACAAUUUUGAUUCCAGAGUUAACAAUGACAUGAGUGGUGUAGAAUCUGAUAAUGAGUUUGUAGAUUGUGAAACAACAUAUACACAGAACAAGUCUUACGUACUUGAAACUGUACAAGAAAGUAAAACUUCACCAGUAGUGUAUCAAAUGGAUAACAUAGCACAUGAAGCAUGUCUUGAAGACUAUGUUGAACCUAAAAAUGGGACUGACAAUCUUGACAAAAGUAAAAUACUGAGUGAUGAUAAAGAAAUAUGUGAACAUGUACUACCUAAAUUUGAAGAAGUUAAUGAACUAGUUGCUGAAACAAAUGACUUAAAAGCAGAAACCCAAUUUGAUCGCCCUAAGGAUUUGUCUGGGUGUUCUGAAAUGGUCAUAUCACAUGUUCCAUACACACCUUUACAAGAUACUAAUAUAUCAGCUGAAAUAACUGUAUUGUCUUCUGAAUUAUCCAUUGAAGCUAAUGUCAACUGUGAAGAUAACAUGAAUAUUAUUAAGGAUAAUCCUGCUGACAUAAAUAUUGUUAAUAUUAUUAAAAACGUUAAAUCUGAAAAUACAUCUAAAAAUGCAUUAGGUUUUGAUAAUGUUUAUGAAGGAUUAAUUGACACAAAUUACAUAAAUAUUGAAAAUAAUGUGAAAACUACUAUCAAUAAUGAUUUUCAAAGCAAUGUUGAAUAUUCAGAAGCUAUGAACCCAUCCUACGUUCAACAGUCAGUUGAAGACAAACCAUUACAAAUGGUAGUUCCAACUAAUAAUUUGGUUCAAGAGCUAGAUACAAAAAAUGAUAUUAAAAAUAGCAACAAUUCUGAAAUUGAUGUGGUUAGAAAUAUAAUUAAUCCUCAUACUAGUAGCAAUAUAAAAGCAGAAGAUGAUUUUAAUUUAGAUACUGAUGACAUGAAUACAGCUCGAAUAUUAUUUGAUAUAGAUGCCCUUAUAUUAAACAAAGUAAAUCCCAAUUACAAUAUUUCUAAUUAUAUUGAAAACACGUCAGAACAUAGUAAAGCAUUAGAUAAUACUACUAUUAAAAAUAAUGAUAUAUCUAAAAUGAUUGACCAAUUAGAUGAAAAAACCGUUGCUGAUGAAAUAGCUAGUGCAGAUAAUAAUAAUACAAUGGAUACAACGGAUAAGAAAGAAACCUGGCCUGUUGAAAAUAUCAAAUUACAAAAUAUUAGUGUAAAUAAGACUUUUGAUCUAGAAACAAAUUUGCAUAUGAAUGUUGAUAAUUCACUGUCCUUAUCUGCUACAGAAAAGAUAAUAACCGAAAUGGAAUAUGGUCUAAAUUUUGUUAACAAUGUUGUUAAUCCUGAAAUGGUAUUUGAUUUUGAUGAAGAUAAAAUAAAUACUAAGAUUGGUUUUGACUUGAAAAAUAGUGAUGAUCAUCAAGAUAUAACUAUGGACAGUUUGGAACUCAAUGUGCACCAGCCACCAUGCAAAACUAUAACAAACAUCCAAAAUGAGUUAAAAAAUGAUCCAUUGACCAUUUUUCCGCUACCGUUAGAUGUUCCACUACCAAAUGAUGACGAUAAUGAAAGAGAUAAUUCUCUUGACCCUUGGUCCAUUAAAAACAAUAAUGAAGUUGGAGUAAUAUCAGAAAUUGAAACUGUAAAAAACCCUAGUAUUAAGAAUAAAAGUACCUCUGAUUGUAAAGAAACCAUAAAUCCCCAGAUGCUUACAGAAAGAAUUUCAAAAACACCGCAUAUUGAAGUUAUUGAUAUCCAUGAUGAAAUGCAAAGUAAUAGUCAUGUUGAAAUGGCCCCAAUUUGUAGUUAUAUUAUUCAAGAAGCACGAUGUAGUCAAUUAUCAACUAAUCUAGCCAGUUGUUUACAAGAAUUACAUGUAGGGUCUAUUACUGACGAAGAGCAACCGAUAGCUGCACUACCAAAUGAAACAAGUACCGUAAACGACACCUUUACUGGUUCUAACAUUGUAAAUCAACUUCAGAUAAAUGUUGAUUUUAUACCAACAGAAACAAAGCUCCCGGAUGUUGUGCAAACUGUAAACGAUACACCAGAAAUAUAUGAUACAAAUAAUUAUGAAAUCAAAGUAAAGAAUACGAAUGAUACAUUAUGUUUGGGUGAUAAUACAAAAACUGAUUUGAUUGAUGAAGAAAUUUUGACCUCUGCAAACAAUAGCCCUUAUGUAUCAGUAACUGAAUUAGUUUUGAAUUCAACUUCUAGUGGGCCAGUAAAAGAACAUGACAAUUUAAUUCUGUCACAAACUAAAACAAUUUCUUCGCCUCCCAUUUCACCUAAGUGUACUAGUAAAGGAUAUAACAUAAACUUUGAUGAAAUAGAAAAUCCGUUCACUACUAAAACUAAUGUAAGAAUGUCACCACCACCAGAAGAAGUAAUAAUAAAAACAUGUUCACCAGUAAAGAAUAAUCCGAAAAAAGAAAUAAUAGUUCAAAGGCGACCACCAAUUCGACGAAUGUCACAACAGGAUGGUAAAAAUUCAGAUAUGAAUAAAAAGCGACUUAACAGAUCUUUAGAUAGAGUGAAUCUUGGCAACAGUAAUAGUAAAACCGAGGAAUCACGUAUGAGUGUUGUUAAUACUGAAGAUAAUAAAACCGACCAUGAUAAAAAUUUGUAUGAUAUGACUCCUAUGACAUCAAAUGAAAAAAAUCUGCAAAAAGACAUCAUAAAUGAGGGUGACUGUGAGCAUUAUGAAACUGUUUCUAAAAUUUCACAAGGAAUAGAUAAUGCAACAGAAUUCCAGAAAUGUAAAACGUCAAAUGAAAAAACACUGGAAAAAGAGAUCAUAAGUGAGGGUAACUGUGAACAUUAUGGAACUGUUCCUAAAAUUUCACCAGGACUAGAUAAUACGGCAGAAUUCAGCAAAUGUAAUGAAACCAUUGGUAUACUUGAGCCAAAUUUAAACAAGGAUAACUCAAUUUCUAGAAGCGUGUUUAAUAUACCAGAAAUUGAUGAUAUGAAUUUUAAUCCUUUUGCGACUAAAUCAAGAGUUUGUUCAUCGCCACCGCCUACCAUAGGCGCUAAAGAUCUUUCAAUGGUUGUAAAUAAUGCUGAAGUGAUAACAGAAUCCAAAAAUAUAAAUGCUACUGUAUGUACUGAACAUAGUGUUCAAAAUGAAGUGAAGGUAUCACCGAUCAACAGCAAUACAACUUCAUCAUCUAUAAAUACUGACAAAGACGUAACCGUACGAGAAGUGAACACAGAAGAUGAAGAUACUAUAGAAGGACCAUUUUUUGAAGCCGAAGAUUUAGACGAUGUAAGCAAAUUACCGAAUAUACCACUUGAAAAAGAUGCGAUUCAGUUUGAAGACGUACCCGCUUCAACAUACAAUAAAGAUAUAGGUGAACAAAAAGGUGAACUUUUCAUCGACGCUGAGGCGUUUGAAUUUUUACUUAAUCAAAAUAAAAGUAAUGUCGUGGCAGACAGUGGCAAGGAGAGUCUAUUCCUAAAAUUUGAUCCACUUUUCGCUAAAAGAGUAUCAUCAGAUGGGGUACUUGCAGCUUUAAGUUCAAUCCAAAAAAGGCAAAGUACACCAAAAAAAAUGACAAGGGCGCCGUUAGUAAAUUUAGCACAACAAGAAACAUACAUGAUGCCAACGGCGGGUCCUUCCAACGUUGCGUCGAUACCUGAAGAUAGCGGUACAGAAAUAAUAAGCACAAUAUCUAAACCUAUGAUGGUGGUAAAUCCUGCAGUCGCCAAACAACCAGUUGCGACCCCAAGGAUAUCUCUCACUCCAAGAACGAAUAGGCAUUCAUUGAAUUUCAUGUCGCCUGCCAUGGUUGUUAUUGAUAGGCUUCUCUCGCUAAGUGCUAAUACAUCUUUAACAGAUGAAGGUGUAACGACUGCUGCUGCGAGUAGAAAUCACGACGCUAAUAUGGUUCUUAUUCAACUAAGAGAACUCUUAGGUGAAAAAGAACUACAUGUUCAUAAUUUGAAAUCUGAAAGUAAAGAAUUAAAGGAGCGAUUAACUUCGUUAGAGUCGCAAGUGAAAAGCUUAGAAAACGAAGGCGAGGAAAGGUUAAAAAAAGUGAAUAAUCUAAAUCAGCGUUUAACUGAGCAGACGAAAUGUAACAGAAGUAUGGCUCUUGUUGUAGAGGAAUACGAAAGAACAAUAGCUACUUUGAUCGCUGAACUAGAGCAGGAGAAGAAGCGAAAUGCUGAGGAAAGAAUAAGGUUAAUCUGUGAAAGGGAUGAACAAACAGCCCAUCUAGCGAGUAUGGAGGGUUCCUUUAGUGAUUUAAAUAGCAAAUAUGAGAAAUGUAAGCAAAUUAUACUCAGCAUGAAGGCAAACGAAGACGCUUAUAAGAAAUCAUUGAAAGAAUUUGAUGAAAACCUGCUCAAAAUGCAAAAGAACUAUGAUUUGCUGAAACAGCAUGCAACAUCGAAGUUGAACCAUGCAAAUCAGGAACUUGAAAAAAUGAAUAAAGCGCAUGACGCUGAUGUUCUCAAACUAAACGCUAUGAUCAAGCGUAAAGAAUUGCAUAUAACUUCAUUAGAAGAGUCUCUUUCACAGAAGAAGAAGGCCAUAGAAGAAUUGACUGAGAUUUGUGACGAACUCAUCAAUAAAGUUGGGUGAACAAAUUCGUAGUAACCACAGAUCCUGGGAUCUCGACUGAUGUACCAACUUGUGCACUUAUCCAACGAUAAGUUGCAUUAAGUUUGAAAAUCUAUCAACAAGCUAAGGAACAAAUUUACCAAGUGCCAAACAUUCUGAAAGUACUAUUCCUGUUGGUGUAGACGCAUGGAGUGGUGGAGAUGGGCAAUAACGAGUCCAAAAGUAGAUUAACUGAAAGCUAUGCGUUUAGUUUGUAAUUAAUAGUUUGCUACUUCUAAAUGUAUAUAGUCUAAAUUGGUAAAAUUACAUCAGAUACAUCCGUAAGUAAAUCUGAGUUUUGUUUUUGGCCACCACUCUGUUGAUCUGCGCUAAUCUUUGCCAAGACUGUUGUUUGUGAUACAUUAUGAAUCUAUAAAUUUUAUUACCUGUGCAUAUAAAAAUAGUAAAGGAAUCUAAUCUUUCGCGAAAAAUAAUUUUAAAGCUUAAUCUCAUGUGUGCAAUUUUGGUAUUUUUUACACCAGAACAUGAAUGGAUUUGAACAGAGUAUCUUUGUUUAAGCAUUUUUGUAAACCAACUAGUUUCACUUCAUUUGGGUGUAACUUCCAGAUACUGGAGUACUUAGGUAAUUUUUUUUUAUGGUUUCCUGUCUAUUUUUAUCUUGUUGUAAUAAUUAUUUGGUUUAAAGUAAUUUCCUAUAUCAAUAACUUAUAUGGCAAACCUCCUUUUUUAAAAGGAAAUAUGGAUAACUCCAAAAACGCGAUUGAAAUAACUUCCAUUAUUUCUGUAUAAUCAAAAAUAAAAGUAGACUGUUUUCUAUAAGUAGCACUUCUUUUGGUGGGUCAUGUAAAUCUAGAUGAUAGUGGAGUUUUUAAAUAAAGCAAUAGUUACGAUUUAUUUGCAAUAUUUCAGUUUUUUCAUUAACUCAGUUCAAAUUUAUUAGAUUGUUUAUAAAAAUAUUUUUGAUUAAGUGCCAAAUGAAUAUUUCUUCUUACGAUUGUAAGCCAGUACACAAAUGAGUUUUUUUUUAUUGGUUUGUCAAUUAAUUUAUUGAUGUACUAUUUUUUUUUGUUUUAUUAUAGUGACAUUUUAAUAAAAUAUGAUGACAUUGAUGACAAUAAUCCUAAGAUUUUUCAUUUGAUUUCAAAUGUGUUAUGCUCGCCAUAAUAUAUGUUGGAAAUGAUUUAAAGUCUGCUCUCUCCAAAUUUCUCCUAAUUCACAUAUUAUGUUCAUUCUUGCCAUUUUUAGCAGACUUAAAAAAGGAAUUAUAUUUUUUAAUAAUGUGUACCUACCUAUUUUAUUUAAAGCAUGGUUGAAUAAACUGUACACUAUGUUUUGUGUUUGCUAGAUUUUGAAUAGUUAAUUAUAGUAAGCAUUAGAUUAUGAAAAAAGUUACAUAUUUUUGGAUUUUUAUAAUUAAGUAUGUAAUGUAAUACAGUUUUAUUAAAAUAAUAUUUUUGUAUAUCUUUAAAAUUAAAAGUAGGCAUAUUGUUUAGUUUAGUUGUUUGAUAGGGUAAUAUUCUUGAUGAUAAGAAUUUGAAUUAUCCUUUUUUUAUAUUCAUCAUUUUCUGGUUAGCAAUGGUUAAAUGAAAUUAUGCGACCCAUUCCAUUCCCGUCCAACUCUCUCUUUACGUAAAACUGGUUGCAGCCGCUAGAAUAAUUUGAACAGGCCUUAAUUGUGUCUGAUCCUUUCAGAUACGAGAAUUAAGUAACAAAUUUUUGACAUUACAAUAAGAACCAAUAGCUGCACUCCAUAUAUUCGAAAAAACACUGCCUAAUUUUGGAUUUUGCUUAACUGCUCUCAAUAAACUUUGAAAUCUACAUAAUCAUGUUGUACUCAUUAGAUCAAUAGUAUGUAAAAAAUAUCUUAUUUUUAUUAGGCAAUUAUGUUUUUGUCUUGAGUGUUUAAAAUACUAGAGCAUGGUUUAAUUUCGUAUGUAACGGUCUCACUAGACGUUUAGUACGCGACUGUAUUUUUGAAAGCCAUAGGCAACCGAACGUAUAAUGUAAAUUUUCUGACAGUAACUAAUCGGUUGUUGAAAUGUUGUCUCCAUAGAAAAUUCGCAAGGUAUACCUACCAGAUGACAAUUCAGCAGCUACCUAAGAUAUUAAACCAUCUAGGACUGGUGGUUUUAUAAAAACGCAGGUCGUGAUAACUUGUACUUCGAUAACUUGCACUUUUAUAAAUAGUGGGUCCAUAUUCAAUCAAAGUGACAGCGUCAUUAUAAUGAUCGUAAUGAUUGACUGAAACUGUGAUAAUGAGCGAUUUUCUUUUGUUGGUGUUGACUGGGGUGACUGACCGCUCGUGCUCAAACUCGCACUAACAGCGUUCAUUCACUCUUCAUUCCACAGAUACUAUCGCAAGCUACAUGCCUCGUGAGACCGUGCCCUUAAAAUAUGUGCAAACAUUAGUCCCACUCGAAUAGUUGACUCAGAUAUUUUUAUAAUUAUGUUUUAAAGAUUCCACAAAAAUGUAUUGUACAUUGUUAUGUAAUAAAUUAGUUGUCUUGACAAA